AUGGAAAGAGUCGCCUUCUUUCUUUCAAUCGAUCGGGAACGAGAAAGAAGAAGGGAUACCAACGAAGCAGCCCCGAUGGGCAUCGGCUGUGGAGGGAGUAUUUUCGGUGGUCGACGAGGCCGAAGAGGAGGGAGGGAGAAGCAGCGAUGGUUCGUUGGUCGGCUUCGCAAACCGAUGUGGUCUCCUGGGUUCGACGGGCCGAAGGGAAGAACGGGAUGGGGUAGGGCAUCAGCGAGGGUCGAUGGGAUCCGAAGAGAUGGAGAGCGUGAAGAAGCAGCGAAGCCUUCCUCGUCUCUUCCGGCUGCGAGGUGUGAGGUCCGGACACAGCAAGCAGCGGUAGCAGUGAAGACAGGACCUUUUGACCCAAAGCAAUCCAAUGAAAUGCAAUGCGUUGAAUCACCUCGAUCUUACCUUGAAGAGGCAUCAACAUUGAUUUUAGGUUGUUUCGAUAGAAAUCAUUGGAGCUUUUGGUUUUGGUACUUGACAGGAAAGGAGGAUUGA